AUGGAGGGGGAGCUUAAGUGUCCCAUGUGCCAGCAGUUCUAUUGUAAUCCACUUUUAUUGCCGUGUUCUCAUUCUAUUUGUGCUUCAUGUGCUUCAAAUAUUCAGGAACCGUCGCAAACAUUUUUAACGCAAUUAGAAGAAGGGGGAUGUUCCUCUACCCCCGGAGAAGGUGAUUUAAAAGAUUUUCCUGACAUCGAUAAAAUUAGUAUUUUAAGUGAAACAGAUAGUGGUGUCGUAUGUAACAGUCGUCCAAGUAGUUAUAUAGGAACACCUAGUAUCGCAAAUAUUUAUCAAACUGUGCAAUUCACUCAAAAUCCUUAUGGAAUUAAAUGUCCUGUGUGUAAGAAAAUUAUUUUGCUGGAUGAAAAUGGAUACAAAUCACUGCCAUGUAACAAAGUGUUGGAGACCAUUGCAGAAAAAUUCAGUCAUAGUAAAUAUAAACCCCUGACUCUCUAUGUGAACUGUCAAAUGUGUGAGCACAAUGAAGCUAAAGAAGCAGUUGUCAUGUGUGAACAGUGCAAUGUGUUUUACUGUCAGUCGUGCAAAGAGAGUUGUCACCCAGACAGGGGGCCACUGGCCAAACACACUCUCCUGGACACAAUACAGGGGAGAGCGCUCCAGCGGGCCCGCAACAAGGGGAGAGAACUCCGCUGUCUGGAGCAUGAAGAGGAACAGCUCAGCAUGUACUGCAUGACAUGCAGUAUACCUGUAUGCUGCACUUGUCAGCAUGAGGGAGGGCAUAGUCAGCAUGAUGUCCAGGCCAUCGGGGCGAUGUGUAAAUCUCAAAAGCUAGAACUAUCACAGAUUCUACAGUCUUUGUCAGAGAAAGCCAAAGUUGGAACAGAGUUCAUCCAGAGUUUAAAGUCCAUGACGGACCAAGUCCAUGGGAACUGUUUAGACUUUGAAGCCACAGUGGCAGCCCAAUGUGAUGCUUUGAUUGACGCCAUCAAGAAGAGGAAACAGGAGCUGUUGGUCCACGUUGCAGAGGAACGAGACCUGAAGAUCAGCAUGUUGAAGGAGCAGGCCUCCCAAUGCACGGCCCUGCUGCAGCGCACCACAGGGCUCCUGCACUUCUCCAUUGAAGUCCUGAAAGAAAGCGACCCAGCUUCAUUUUUACAGGUCUCCAGCGGUCUCAUCAGUCGAGUGUCCACAGCUGACCAGAACUUCAACAAGGACAUGGAGCUGACCCCCCGCAUCGCCACGGAGAUAGACUUGACCUUGGACACCGGCCCCACCCUCCACGCUAUCCAAAGCAUGAACUUUUUUCAACUGAAAGGUACAGCCGCCGUGCUCUCAAAGUUUUCUAAUCUUUUGUGGCGAUGGCGGUCUGAUCUAGCUCACUAUGAAACUCCUGGUAAACCCAGAAUUGUACCAGAAGACUGUAGUGCUGAGAAUAACAGUGUGACCAUUGCCUGGCAGCCACACAUGGGGAAUGUGGUAGAAAACUACAGUCUGGAGUUAGAUGAUGGCUGUGGUGGAGAUUUUAGGGUUGUUUACGUGGGAAGUGAGACGAUUUGUACUGUGGAUGGCCUUCACUUUAACAGCACUUACUAUGCUCGGGUCAAGGCCACCAACAACUCGGGAGACAGUGACUACAGUGAUCCCAUCAGUCUACAAACAGCUGAAGUGGCCUGGUUUACUCUGGAUCCUUUCUCAGCUCAUCCGGACAUCCUGUUUUCCAAUGACAAUCACACAGCAACGUGCAACAGUUACGAACACCGUAUCUUGUUGGGAGGUGUAGGAUUUUCCAAAGGGAUCCACUACUGGGAGGUGACCAUCGAUAGAUACGACAAACAUUCUGAUCCAGCCAUCGGAAUUGCCAGAUUUGAUGUGGACAAAUGCCAGAUGCUAGGCAAGGAUGAGAAAGGAUGGAGUAUGUACAUUGAUGAUGGGAGAAGCUGGUUCAUGCACAAUGAUGAACACUCUGAGAGAACGGACGGGGGGAUCAAACGGGGAAGUGUGAUUGGAGUACUGUUGGACCUAGACAGGCACAGACUCUGUUACUUUGUGGACAGUAUACCCCAUGGACCAGUAGCCUACAAGAAUCUUCAUGGAGUCUUUUUCCCUGCCCUUAGUAUUAAUCGUAAUGUUCAAGUGACCCUCCGAACAGGUCUGGAGCCCCCUGCGGAAAGUGAAUCUGAUGACGAAUAAUGAAGAAAUGUCCGUUUCUUUUUUAUUUUACUGGAAAAUCUGCCAUAUCGGUCGUGCAAUAAUUUUGACAUGUUGAGAAUCAUCCAAAAGAUAUUUUUCUAGUCAGAUUUUUGUUCAUUCGUGGGUGUUGCAUUUUUAACACACAAAAUAUCAUUAUUUUUUUGUGAAGAUGUGAAACAAUUUUGAAAAUUCAUUAUCGAGCUCAUUUCUGAGAUAAAAUCUUGUUCAAAGAAAAUGUAAAAACAGCAACGAAUCUCGCUUUUUUUUUAUAUGGAAACUUGUAUUUUUCAUCAACAUUUAUUUUAAAAUUCUAAUCUGUUCAUUUUCAAUAGUCUUAAAAUCUACAUUUAUUACCAUCCUCACAAAGACUUCAAAAAUAACUUGAAUGAUCUAUAAACAUCUAAUCCCCCCCAGUGCCCAGUGUUGGGUGGAGCUAAUAAACAUGUUAUUAUUGAUUUGAUUCAAAAUGAUCAGAAAUAUUUUUGGAAUCUUCAUUAAAAAUAUUUUUUAUUUUUGUUCGCCCAGCUGUGAUGACUUUAUUUCUCAAGGCAUUUGAUUUUGCAGAAUUUUUAUCAUACAAAAAAUAUCUUGAUAAAAAAGUGGUUUUUGAGGUAAAAUCUUGAUUAAUAUUGAAAAAUAUUUUGCACUAUAAAGAUACAUAUGCACGAAAUGCAAAGAGUGAAAUUUGUACCGGUACCUAGAAUGUAAUUUUGAAAGAUCCUUCUAACUUGCUGUGGAUGAGAUUUGCUUUUUAAAUUUGGAUAAGAAAGCUAAAAGAACCUUCACUGUAUAGACAAAAUAUGAAAAAACUAUGGUGUUCUUUUAUGUAGAAAAAUUACUGUGAAAGGAGUUUGUUGACUUCUUUUAGCAUGUACAUAACUAGUUUGUACAUAGCUUCAAAGAUUAUGUUCAUGUCCUUUUUCAAACAAAAGCAUUUCAUUUUUAAAACUUUCAAAGUGCUAAGUUAAACAAUAUCAACUGACAAUCUAUGUAAGGCCAAAGUGUCCAAUGAUUUGUUUUAUGUCCCCAUCAUGGUAUUCUAAUUAAAAACCUCCUUUAUCAGAAUUAUGACUUAAUUAUUUGACU